UUCAGACGUGCUGCGCAUCGGCUCGGCCAAUUCUCGGCCGUAGCCACGGAUAACUUCACGGUACGCCACCAAAUUUGUUACCAUCUGAUAAAGCAAGUCACCCGGCGCACGUGGACACCGAUUUCAACCAGGUGGGCCGGUUUUCGGCAAUUUUAGAGCAGUUUUUCACCCCGCCACGUGGGCGACGCCGUCCAGCCUGACGGCGACGCCGAUGCCCGGCGGCGUGGAGACUGCUUCCCGAUCAAUAUGGCCGUCUCUACGCUAACCCAGCGUGGCUACGACCCGGACGCGAUGUCCUGGACGACGGUUCCGACGACUGAGGAGCCCAAUUCUGCGAUUCCUUCGAAUAUUCGAAGCCAAGCUCUCCUCAACGCGGCCGCUCGCCGCUUGCAAGAGAAAGCCAAGAUGGUAGCGCCUGCCGCCGCCCCGGCGUCCGGCAACCCAGCGGGCAAGACGCAGCCUCCUGCCUCGAACGCUGCAGGAAGCAAGGGCAAGGUCUUCACGAAGUGGAAGCCUCGCCCGCUACUAAAACCGAACCCGGAUGACUACGUGAUCGUUGUAAAGCCACGCGAGCAUAUUUCCUUGCACGAAGCCUUCUCCGAGAAUCGCUACGGGACCGCUUUCACGGCUUACCUCGGGUCCGAGCGGGCAGAGACCGCAUCGAUUCUCCCUUCGAGAGAACAAAAUUUGAUUGUGAUCCAUACCCCGGACCUCGAGACGGCGGACCGAGUGAUAGGGGAUUUUUCCGUCAACACCGAACGCGGAGCGGUCCCGCUCCACGGAUACCUACGGCAAGAUGGCGGAAACGUUUGCCACGGUGUCAUCGUGGUGUGCAACUCGGACACGACGGAGACACUUCAGCAAAAGGUGCGUUGGAGAGCAGGCACCAUUGUUGAAGUGAGAAAAUUUGGCACAUCGAACAAAGCGCGUGUUACCUUCGCCGGAAAGGACAAACCGCGUUUUGUUCACUAUGACAACAUGGUGGUACCCGUCCAACCCUACUACCGUACAAUCCCGGCCUGCGGCAAGUGCGGUGCUGUCGGCCAUAGGAUGGUUGCAUGCCCAAACCUGAGACAGGACACUUGCGGUCUGUGCGGGCAACAGAUUCCACUCGUGGAGGGGGUGCGGGCCCCUCACGAAUGCGUGCCCAAGUGUUCAGUGUGCGGUGGUGGACACGUCACGAACUCCCGCGAGUGCACUGCAAAGUUCCGGAACUCCAAGACAGCCGCCCAAAAGGGCGGCAAGACCAUAACGGCGGUCAAGAAAAAACACCGCCAUCUUGAGCUUCCCGGUGGGCCGCCGCACCGGGACGUCACCAAGACCGGCAAGCCAGCGCCCACUGCCGGAGAAGCCGGGAGGCAAUCUACGGCGCCACCACACGGCGUGGCUGGGGCCUGGGCCGACGCCGUCAAAAAAGGAAAACAGGUGAGCGGCGCGGGCAGGGCUGCUUCCUCGUCCCCUCCCUCUACUCCUCCUGCGGCGCUCAGCGCCGAACAAAACAUGAUCGCGGCUCUCCAGGCGCAAAAUGAGAUGCUGCUAAAGAAAAUUACAGCGCUCGAAGCAAAAAUGACGCAACCCCUCCCUAGCCCCGCAGUAGAAGUAAUGGAAAGUGAGAGAGAAGCGCCGGCGGAGGCACCUAGCGCGGUAGCCGCUCUCGAGGCCCGGAUCAACGCCCUCGAGGCCCGUAUGGACAGCCGGAUUUGCGCUCUUGAAACCCAAAUCUCCGCAGCCAUGAAUGCCGCGAUUGCCAAAUUGACAGAGAUGAUUCCCUCUCUCAUAACUCAACAAAUCGCGCAAACCUCUCGCACCACCCGGCGAGCCGGCCCAAUUAAAGACGUGUCCGGCCGGUACCCCAAAAUGUUUCGACGACAACUCGAUUUAGAUGAUGAAGACAGUUGCUCACUCUCCGGAAUGGAGGAUGCUCCCCUCCCCUGGAACUGUCGAGGUUUCAAGGCCCACGCUAAGCGGGCCAACCUACGAUUUUUCCUCACAACAUUCGAGCACCUUCCUGCUGUGGUAGCCCUCCAGGAGCCAGGGAGCGGCGCCACACUUACAAAUUACACUACGUUUCAGCAGGACCCCCUCUCCUGUAUCUGCGUGCAUAAAAAUUACACGGCCAACUUCGUUGACCUUGACCUCAAAACAGAAUUCUCGUACGUGAUGGUGACCCUCCUUCCGCUACGAGAACAGGACCCACCACUACACGUUCUCAACAUUUAUUGUUCCCCUAAGUUAGCCAACAUCACUUUCGCAGACCUUUUUAGCCGCGCCUUAAAGGCUGCGGGCAGGGAUCCCCUAGUGAUCGUGGGCGAUUUCAACGCCCCCAGCACACUUUGGGGAUACGCGCGUGAGGAGAAACGUGGACGUAAGCUGGCGGAACUUAUGUCCACGCUGGGCCUUACUCUCCACACCGACCCUGCCCACCCAACUCGCGUGGGUAACUCCGUGACCCGGGACACGUGUCCGGACCUAACCCUCACCAAAAACAUUCAAUAUGUAGACUGGGUCAACACCGAAGAAACCCUCGGUAGCGACCACUGCAUACUCAAUACAACUAUUCGCACCCAUCCAUUGGCAAGACCUUUCGCACAGGCAAAAUUGCCCGAUUGGACCAAAUUCCAACAAACAUACACCAACUCGACCCCCAUUCAGGAGCAAGGGUACCGCGUCUGGUCCCAGCAAUUGGUUUCCACCCUUCGCUCCACGGAAACUCAAAUUCAACUCUCAGAGGCGACCCCGGAGGUGGACAACCACCUCCUUCACCUCUGGGAGGCCCGGCACAGCCUUGUCCGCCGAUGGCGCCGGCAAAAACACAAUCGGAAACUCAAAAUUCGCAUCGCUGAGCUCACCCAACGAGCGGCAGAGUACGCGGCCCAACUCGCUGACUCUAACUGGGUGGACCGGUGCAACACGGCCGCGCGACAAAUGUCCAGCCGGAGUACGUGGCGCCUCUUCCGCGCCCUAAUCGACCCCACCCAAACUCGAGCAGAAACACAAAAACAUCUCCAACGAGCCAUUCACUGCUUCGAUGGAGACACUUCAAAAUUGGCAUGCAAACUCCGAGAUCAAUACCUCUGUACUCAGCAGGACCCCCGAGGGCCCGCGUACUCGUAUGCAGGUUCCGAGAACGCGGAGAUGGACCAACCGUUCCAGCUGCACGACCUGAAGGCGGGCCUAGCAAAAAUGAAGCGAGGAACGGCACCGGGACGGGAUAAAAUUACAGUCAAAUUACUUGCCAACCUUCCCGACUCUGCCUACUCCACACUCCUCGCUUACAUGAACUCCAUUUGGAUCGGGGAAACACCCCUCCCACUUGAUUGGAAGACCGCUCUGGUCACCUUCAUUCCCAAAGCUGGUAAAGCCAUCAACACAGACAACCUCCGCCCCAUCUCCCUUACUUCUUGUGUGGGAAAAUUAAUGGAGACGAUGGUGCGCGACAGGCUGUCUGAGUUUCUGGAGAACAAAAAUGUUUUCGCCGACACCAUGUUCGGAUUCCGCCCACACCGGGGGCCUUCGACAACGUGA